GGGUGCGGGGGGGGACGAGCGGGCGCGCAGGGGAAGCUCUGCCAUCGAAAAUCCCUCACUUGGGCAGUGGCGAGGCAGAGCGACAACCCCGAGCCGAUGUCAGGGGCUGCCUACCUGCGAGGUGCGCGAAGAUGAUGGCCAUGAACGCCAAGCAGCCGUUCGCCAUGCACGCCGCCCUCCAGGAGCCCAAGUUCUCCAGCCUGCACUCCAGCGCGGAGGCAAUGCGCAGAGUUUGCCUCCCGGCCCCGCAGCUGCAGGGCAAUAUAUUCGGGAGCUUUGAUGAGAGCCUGCUGGCCCGCGCGGAGGCUCUGGCGGCCGUCGACAUCGUCCCCCACGCCAAGGGCCACCACCACCACCACCACCACCACCACCAGCCCCCCCCCUUCAAGCCGGACGCCACCUACCACGCCAUGAGCGGCGUCCCCUGCGCCGCCGCCCUCCCGCACCCCGCCGCCCUCGCCGCCCACCCGCACCCGCUCCCGCUCCCGCACCCGGCGCUGGACGGCGGCGACCUGCUGGAGCACCUCUCGCCCUCGCUGGCCGUCGGCGGGCUGGCCGAGCCCCCCGCCCUGCCCGCGCCGCCGCCGCCCGCCGCGGGUCCCCUGGCCGUGGGCGCGGGCCCCCCGGCCGCGGGCGUGGGGCCCCCGGGGGGCCCGGCGCCCCGCCCCCCCGCCGCCCCCGAGGCGGAGUCGGACCCGCGGGAGCUGGAGGCCUUCGCCGAGCGCUUCAAGCAGCGGCGCGUCCGGCUGGGGGUGACCCAGGCCGACGUGGGGGCGGCGCUGGCGGCCCUCAAGCUGCCGGGCGUGGGGUCGCUGAGCCAGAGCACCAUCUGCCGCUUCGAGUCGCUGACGCUGUCGCACAACAACAUGACGGCGCUGCGGCCGGUGCUGCAGGCCUGGCUGGAGGGCGCCGAGGCCGCCCACCGCGACCGGGCCGCCGGCCCCGAGCUGCUGGCCGGCGCCGAGCGCAAGCGCAAGCGGACCUCCAUCGCCGCCCCCGAGAAGCGCUCGCUGGAGGCCUACUUCGCGCUGCAGCCGCGGCCCUCCUCCGAGAAGAUCGCCGCCAUCGCCGAGAAGCUGGACCUCAAGAAGAACGUGGUGCGCGUCUGGUUCUGCAACCAGCGACAGAAGCAGAAGCGCAUGAAGUACUCGGCGGUGCACUGACGGCGCCCGGCCCCGACGGGCACCUCCGCACCCGGCCCCGCCGCGAAAGGGACGCGACGGGACGGCCACGACCUGCCCCCGCCCCGCCCCGGCCCCGCCGCCCGCCCCGGGACCGGAGCCGAGCGCGGCG